AUGUCUAAUGAUGGUGGUGCCCAGGAUGAUGUUGGCGGAAAACAAAAACAAAUCCUUAGGGAAGAUAAGCAUAUCGGAAUAUAUUUGGAGCUUCUCGAUAUUGAAUUUGCCAAAAUAAGAUAUAAGCAAAAGUUGCCUAAAGAAGUUGGAAGAGAACAUAUUUAUAAAAGGUUUUUGGAAAAAACUGGUAAGUCUCUCUUGAGAAUCUUUCAAGAGUAA